UUUGCUCCACUCGAUUUGUGUAAGAAAUCUCAUGAGAAGCAAAAGUUGACCCGCGUAAUGACGAGCGCACUCCGGAUUUUGGUGUUUUCAAUUCUGGUGGCGCUUUGCAGCUGCCAGAGUGAUGAGUUUCUCUACGACACGUUUCCAGCCGGUUUCAAAUGGGGAGCCGCAACAUCAGCGUACCAAAUCGAGGGAGCGUGGAAUAUAAGUGGUAAAGGUGAGAGCAUAUGGGACACUUUUGUGCACUCGGAUGAGCCCCAUGUGGCCGACGGCAGCACGGGUGACGUCGCGUGCGACUCUUACAACUUUUUCAGAGAGGACGUGGCUUUGCUCAAAAACCUCGGCGUGAAUUUCUACCGGUUUUCUUUCUCUUGGUCUAGACUCAUUCCGACCGGGGACCUUCGCGACGGGUUCAGCGAGCCAGGGGUCGAUUAUUACAAUGGCGUGAUCAACGAAUUGCUCGCCAACAACAUCGAACCCACUGUGACCUUGUACCACUGGGAUUUGCCGCAAGGUCUGCAAGACGUGGGCGGCUGGCUGAACCGGACAGUGGUCGAACGAUUUGCCGAGUACGCCGACUUGGCCUUUCUCCUCUUCGGUGACCGCGUCAAGACCUGGUACACGGUCAACGAACCGUGGGUGCAGGCUGUCCAGGGUCACGGCUGGGGUGACUACGCGCCCGGACUCAACCAGUCGGGCAUUUUGGACUACCAGGCCGGACACCACCUGCUGUUGUCGCACGCCAGAGGUUGGCGCAUCUAUGACGAGAAGUACAGGAAUUCGCAAGGAGGCAAAAUUGGGUACACCAUGGACAGCAGUUGGUUGGAGCCGAAAACCCAAACUCAGGCAGACAUUGACGCCGCCGAAAGAGGAAUGCAGUUUAAGUUGGGUUGGUUUGCCCACCCUGUGUACAGCGUCGACGGCGACUACCCGCCGAUCAUGAAGGAAUACGUCGCUCGACACAGCGCCGAAGAAGGAUUUCCGCAGUCUCGCCUGUCCGAGUUCACGCCCGAAGAAGUGGCCUACGUUCGCGGCACGUUUGACUAUUUCGGCUUGAAUCACUACACGACCAACCUGGCCGAGUACGCGGUUUAUCCUUUCGCGCCGAGUUACGCCACGGACGCAGAAGUUUUCCCCAGUUUCAAUGAAACGUGGCCCGAAUCUUCGGCAGAUUGGCUUAGGGUGGUUCCGUGGGGCUUCCGGAAAUUGCUGAACUGGGUGAAAAACGAGUACGGAGACAUUCCGAUUUUCAUUACGGAAAAUGGCUAUGCUGAUUUUCCAGGAACCAUCGAUGAUGUUGGCCGCGUCGACUAUUACAGAAGCUACAUUAACGAGAUGCUGAAAGCAAUUAAGCUCGACGGCUGCAACGUCAUUGGUUACACGGCGUGGAGCGUGAUUGACAACUUCGAGUGGGCGGCUGGCUACACGCAACGUUUUGGUUUGCACUACGUCGAUUUUAGCGACCCGGCGAGGCCGAGAACGCCAAAGUCGUCGGCGGCGCUCUAUAAGCAAAUCAUCGCCGACAACGGCUUCCCCGCACCGCCCAAGAACGAGGACAAGAACGACUUGUAAAAUCUAAAAGGUCUUGUAAAUAAAAAUUAAAAGUAAUUCAACUUGGUUUUGGAAAAUUUCUGAUGCCUAAACUUUGUUCUAUUUUGCUUCAAACAAGACACCAAAAACAGCAAAUAAAAGGAAGGGAAAUAAAAUAUGAAUUUCUAUUGAUUGGA